AUGAAGUUCCUCUCCACUCUUUUCUGCGGUCUGGUCGCCAUUCGGCGUUUCACCCAGGUGCAGUGCAACCCGGUUGUGACCAUGGACGCCGCGGACAACUUGAAGGCACUAGGCUAUCAGAUCUCUCCACUCGAGUUCACUGGCCCUGUCGGUCCCAAUGGUGAAAAUGUGACUCUCGCCGGAACUGUUGAGGAGAUAUUCGAUCAAAUCAUCCAGUUUAACCCUGCCUAUGAAACCCCUGACUUCACGAGCGUCCGCAGUCGUCUUGCGAAUGCCACUUCCGUUGAGGACGGCGGCAAGGACAAGCGUACCCCGAUCGAUCCUGUGUACUGUAACCUUGACGGUUACAAGAAGGCAAAUUAUGGCAGGAUCGAGGAAGGGAUGGCCUACCUUGAAAAAUUCGGCAACGGAGCUGGAGUGUGUAAUGCCGGCGAGGGUCCCAAGAACUGCGUCCGGAUCUCCUGCUCUUGGAAUUCAGGCAUCUUCCUCUGCAACGACAGUCCGCACCGUGUUGAUCGCCUGUGCCGUGAUAUUCUGUAUGGUUAUAUCUGGCCAAUUCAUAACAGGUGCACGAACGAGAACCACGAUUCUUUCAACGGGAAGAGGCUUGACUCCGACCACUGGUAUGUACUUGUUGCCGGGACCAAAUGCUGA